CGCAGCGGUUGAUGAGAACACAAUUCACGGCCAUUGUAUAGCCGACCACUUAGUUUGCAACUUCUAACCAACUUCUGGGAUCCGCCGCAAAGAACGCCUUUCCUUUGUCUAUCACACUUGAAGCAAAUCCGAAGGUGAUGUCGGAGGUUAAAGAGGGUUUACAAGAGGCCGUGGUGGCUAAUCUAUUUGCUAAUGAUCAAAGGGCGUGGGAUCAUGAUAUUAUUAAUGAUAUUUUUGGGGCUAGAGAUGCAUCCUUAAUAAUGUCGGGGUGUGUCACUUAGUAAGAGUCCAAUUCCAUAUGCUUUGUGUUGGAGAUGGUAGAAGGUUGGUGGGUGAACUGGGAGGCUCGGAAAGUUCGGAGUGGACUGCUAUGUGGAAUUUGAGACUUCCACCUAAAAUCAAAAUGUUUUUUUGGCAGAUUUGCACUGGGAGUCUCCCCUCGAGGGACAAUUUGCAGGCUCCUCAGGUCGACUGUCCGAGAUCGUGUGGCAUGUGUGGCGAUAAUUCAGAAUCAGUCCACCUCUUUCGGCAGUGUGCAGUAGCUCAUGAAGCUUGGAGAAUUAUAUCCUGGAUGUGGACUGAUGGAGAGGACCUUCCCUUUCUGGAGCAGAUUAACAUGGAAUUUCGGUCUAGGAGAUAGGAAGUGUUAGAAAUGCUAGUUUUGGGGUGUUGGGCUCUCUGGUGCGAGAGGAAUUCCCAUGUGGGGCAACUGGCAAGGAAAGUCAUCAUCUGCUAGGCAGCUCAUUUUACGGGCAUAGGCCCUGGUGGAUGUUUGGAACAAUGCCCAAGCAUCACGUAGCAGCAAGCCCCAGCAGAAUUUGCAGAAGUGCAUGAAGUGAAGGAAGCCAGCUCUAAGGAAUGUUGAAGCUUAAUAUCGACGCAGCAGUCCGGGUGAAUGGCUGCCGUUUAGGUUGGUGCUUGCGGGACGAUAGAGGCAACUUUGUGGCAACAGCAACCCGUUCUUGGCCUGGAAAAUUAUCGCCUUUAGGAGCAGAAAUGAUUGGGAUUCGGGAAGCGCUUAGCUGGGUUAAAGAGAGAGGAUGGACACAUAUUGAGGUAGAGACUGACUCAUUCCGUGCUAUCACAGAGAUUCUACAUGGGUCUAGUUGUUCUUCGAUUGGUUUGGUCAGUAACGACAUCAAAGAUUUGGCAAAAAAAUUCAGCAUUUCAAUUUGUCAUGUGUUGCGAUCAGCGAACAAGAUAGCUCAUGCUAUAGCACGAGUUGCUUGUUCUUUGUUUGAUUUGUGUUCUUGUAUAUAUUAUCCUCCUUUCAUUGUAUCGGUUUUGGCCAACGAUUUGCUUAAUGAUAAGUUUCCUUCUUGCAAAAAACAAAAACAAAAAACAUAACUGCCUGAUUUUAUGUUUUAGUCGAUCAAAAGAUCUUUCUUUUUAAAUAUUGUAAAAGAGGUUAAACAAACAUGAUGUUUAACAUAGUUAACUGAUCAAGAUUCAAG